UCCCCAUAACGAGUGCGCGUCAGAAUCUAGUGCACACACUCAUGAUAAGGACUGUUGAGGAUGUCUGACAACGCAGAGUCUCCUACAGAAACGCAAAAAGAUGAGCCUUCAACCCCACAACAGCCUACGGAAGACUUGGGGACGGCAGACGAGAAGAAAAAAAUUGACGUGUUGUUGAAGGCAGUAGGAGACACCCCCAUCAUGAAGACAAAGAAAUGGUCGGUAGAGAAAGGGAGGACCGUGCAAUCACUCUCUCAAUUCAUCUCUCGAUUCCUCAAGAUGGAGGCCAAUGAACAGCUGCUUUCUAGCCCCUGUGACAUGUCUGGACUACCCCUUCUGUCUGUGACUGAGUUCAUUUACGUCAACCAGUCAUUCUCUCCCUCGCCUGAUCAGGAAGUAGGAGUCCUGUUUGAAUGUUUUGGCAGCGAUGGGAAGCUUGUUCUACAUUACUGUAAAUCUCAAGCCUGGGGUUAACAGUCUUUAGCCCUUUUCAGUUCAAAUGCAUACACACACAAUAUUGUUUAUACUCCUUCCUUGCCUAAACCAAUGUUGUCAUUGCUAAUUUCUUGUUUGUUUUGCUGUACAUAACCCAAUGUAAAUAAAUUGUGACUAUAUAAAGUAAA